AGCAUCUGUGCCUUUAAGAUCAUCUCUCAGCAUCCUCCUCCUCUGACAGGGACGCGCACUCACACAGCAGCUCAACAUUAGAGAAUACAGCCUUAGCUUUCUGCACACAUCCUCCUAUAGGCACAUCCUAUAACCUCACAUCUUUACAUUUAUCACCGUUUAUUUCGUCCCCGGACAUUGAUGCAUUUGCCUCCACGGUCACCGUAGCGGUCCGCACCGAUCGUUAUUGCUUUUUCUUCUCCAUCCAGAGACUGACCUGCGCUACAAGAUGGCUGAGCUGAAUUUGGGGAAGGGGCUGACUGCGGGGAAAGUGGCCAGCAACGUUCAGAAAAAGCUAACCAGAGCCCAAGAGAAGGUUCUACAGAAGCUUGGCAAAGCAGACGAGACCAAAGAUGUUGCUUUUGAGGAGGGAGUCAUCAACUUCAACAAACAAUACGCUGAAGGCAGCAAACUCCAGAGGGACCUACGAGCAUACCUGGAGGCAGUGAAAGCCAUGCAUGAGUCCUCCAAGAACCUGCAGUCAUGUCUAGCUGACAUGUAUGAACCAGACUGGUACGGCAAGAACGAGGUGGAUUCCAUUGUGGAGGACUGUGAUGUGCUCUGGGACGAUUACCACCAGAAGCUGGUUGAUCAUGCUCUCAUCUCCAUGGAUACCUACCUGGGACAGUUCCCUGAUAUCAAGGCUCGUAUAGCUAAGAGGGACAGGAAGUUGGUGGAUUUCGACAGUGCCAGGCAUAACUAUGCUGCUACACACAAGGCAAAGAAAAAGGACGGGGGCAUUAAAAUUACCAAGCCCUCCUCCUUGUUGGAAAGAGCUACUCCAGGUUGGGCUCAGGGUAUCCUGUCUGCACACAACGUUGCCCAGAGCAGCCUCUCCAGGAGCCAGGCUGAGGAGGAGUUGGAAAGAGCCCAGAAGGUGUUUGAGGAGAUUAAUAUUGACUUGCAAGAGGAGUUACCUUCACUCUGGAACAGUCGUGUUGGGUUUUAUGUCAGCACCUUCCAGAGUUUGGCCGGUUUUGAAGAGAAGUUUCACAAGGAAAUGAGUCGGUUGGAUCAGGAUUUAAAUGAUGUCUUGGUGAAACUGGAGGGAACAGACACAAGCAGUGGUAAAGAGGCAUCUAACCACACUCUAAGGCCAGGAGGACCACCGCCAAUCCCCAAAUCCCCAUCCAAGCUAAGACCAGCAGUGCCUCCUCCACCCAAGGUGACGCCAUCCAAGGAGAUGAAAACAGAGAACAUCAUCAACCUGUUUGAUGCUGCAGCAACUCCUGAUAUCAGCGUCACCUCCCCCACAGAGUUCGACAGUCCUGCAGUGAGCAGCCUGUUGGACAUGGACCUGGACUCUUUCAGUGCAGCAACCAACCAGCAAACCACACAGGUGGACCAUUCAUGGCAUGAACAUAGAGACCGACAGUGAUGCCAGGAAGAAGAGACCAAGCAGCACUAUGAUCCUGUGUCUGCUGCUACAGAGGCCUGGGGGGAUGAUGGUACGCAGCCUGUCCGUUAUGAUCCCAUAGCGGCUGCCACAGAGGGCUGGGGGGAUGAUGGUACCCAACCAGUUCGCUAUGACACUGUGACUGCGGCUCAGGAGGCAUGGGGGGAUGACGAGAGUCAGCCGGCUCAUUACGAACCGGUGGCUGAAGCCCAGGAGAGCUGGGAUGAUGACGGAAGCCAGACGGUCACAGAGGAACCUGCCGCGGACACCGAAGCACCUGCAGAUGAGGCUCCGACUGAUACGGCUGAGGAGGAAGUCACCCCAGCUGCUGCUGAGCUGGAGAAUGAAGAGGGUCAGGGUGAAUCUGCAGCAGCUGCUGCUGCACCAGCAGAGGAAGAACCAGCAACAGAGGAGACACCUGAAGUAGCAGCAGAACGAACAGAAGUAGCACCAGAACCUGCAGAAAUGCCUCCUGGCUUCCUGUUCAAGGUCCAGGUGAUGCAUGAUUAUGCUGCCAAUGACACAGAUGAACUGGAGAUGAAGGCUGGAGAUGUGGUGCUAGUAAUCACCUUCGAAAACCCUGAUGAACAGGAUGAUGGCUGGCUGAUGGGAAUAAAGCAGGACGACUGGCAACAAAACAAGAACUCCGCCAAAGGAGUAUUUCCUGAAAACUUCACCCAGAGGCUGUAAAAAAAGAGGACAGGACGUCAUCCAGCUUCCUUCUCUGCGUCUCUAUUCCUCUUGCCUAUAUCCUUUCCCCCUCCUCUCUUGCCCUGAUACUGUAUCUUUUCAAGGACUUUGGCCAUAGAAGCAGAGCUGUCACAGCCCAGGAGAAUCAUGCAUUUCUGAGGUCUGCUACACUGUGCUAAAAGUGGAUUUUGGCAUUUCCGUGGAUUUCUGCCAACAUUUACAAAA